CCUAACAUUAAUGCCACAACAACAACUUUAGUACCUCAUUUCCUGGUGCUUAUAGCUAAUUGAUCAUCAAUAGCCUACUCCAUUAAGCUAGCUCUAAUUGGCAAUGGCAGUCUCAUCUGCAAUGCAAUCCAUCUUAGUAAGACCACCUUUGAAUCGUGUAGUUUCAAACAGAUCUACUAAUAGGGUGAACCAGUUUCUAAUUUCCACUAGUUAUGUGCCACAUUUGCCCAGAUAUGCUAGUAGUAUGCGAGUUCGUUGCAUGGCAGAGGAGGACCAGCAGGAGCAGCCAAAGCCUGUUACAACUUCACCUUCACCACCUCAGCCCCAACAAACCCCUCGUCCUGCACCCAAGGUCAGCACAAAGUUCUCAGACGUGUUGGCAUUCAGUGGGCCUGCACCGGAAAGGAUCAACGGCAGGCUAGCAAUGAUUGGCUUUGUUGCUGCAUUGGCAGUAGAGUUAUCCAACGGCCAAGAUGUGUUUGACCAGAUAUCCAAUGGUGGGAUCCCAUGGUUCUUAGGGACUAGCAUUGUGCUCUCUCUUGCAUCCCUAAUUCCUUUGUUCCAGGGAAUCAGUGUGGAGUCCAAGUCAAAGGGGUUGAUGACCUCAGAUGCUGAGAUGUGGAAUGGGAGGUUUGCCAUGUUGGGUUUGGUUGCACUAGCCUUUACUGAGUAUGUCAAAGGUGGAACCCUUAUUUAGGUUUUUGAUUUGCUAACUCAAACCAAAUUUUGUAAAUGAAUAUUUAAUUUCCAUGUAAUUUGGAAAGCCACUUAUGUAAUCCAUUUUUUAGUAAAUUGGAUUUCAAUUUUAUAAAGGAAUAGAAACUUAUAUGCAAAUGAGUCUUAUCAAACAA